AUAAACCGCAUUGCUUGUUUUGUUCUAUACUUCUUCUCUUCCAUUCAAACCACCACUCUCUCUCUCUCUCUCUCUCUCUCUCUCUAAAAUGGGACAGUCACCGUCCACCCCCGCACCGUCGCCGGACCACCACCGCCGUGACAUUUUCACCACCAUCGACGCCGAUUUCCCCAACGACUCCCUCAUCCGUGACUACACAGCCGAAAUCCCCGACGAAUGCUUGGCUGCGAUCUUCCACCUGCUAACCACCACCGACCGGAAAAUCUGCUCCGCCGUUUGCCGCCGCUGGUUGCGUGUCGACGGUGAGAAUCGGCGGAGACUUUCCCUCAACGCCGAGGCGAGCUUGCUGGACGCGAUUCCCUCCUUGUUCAGCCGGUUUGAUUCGGUCACGAAGCUGUCCCUGCGAUGCACACGCAGGGCCACGAGCAUAGGUGACGAUGGUUUGAUCCUGAUCUCGCUCCGCUGCAAGGGGCUUGAGCGGCUUAAGCUUCGUGGCUGCAGGGAGAUCACGGAGAUCGGGAUGGUGGGUUUCGCUAGGAAUUGUGGGAAAACCCUAAAGAAGCUUUCGGUUGGUUCUUGCAUGUUCGGUGCGAAGGGUGUUUACGCUGUUAUCGAACACUGCACGGUGCUUGAAGAGCUUUCCGUGAAGAGGCUCCGAGGGGUUGACGGUGAUGGCGGUGAAUCGGUUCCUGGGGUUUCAAUUGAAGGGGUUUCGUCUUCGUUGAAAUCGUUGUGUCUUAAGGAGCUUGUUAAUGGGCAUAGCUUUGCGCCUCUGAUAAUUGGUUCCAAGAAGCUUCAAACAUUGAAGCUGAUUCGGUGUUUGGGGGAUUGGGAUGCGACGCUUUCAACGGUUGGAAGGGUGAAUUCUGGGUUGGUUGAGAUUCAUCUGGAGAAGGUUCAGGUCAGUGAUGUGGGUCUUGCUGGGGUGUCAAAGUGUUUUAAUUUGGAGACCUUGCACCUUGUGAAAACCCCUGAGUGUUCGGAUUCAGGGCUCUCUGGGGUUGCUGAGAGGUGCAAGAUGUUGAGGAAGCUUCACAUUGAUGGGUGGAGGAUUAACAGGAUUGGUGAUGAUGGGUUGAUUUCUGUGGCGAAAAAUUGCCCUAAUUUGCAAGAGCUUGUGUUGAUUGCUAUGUAUCCUACCUCUUUGAGCUUGGCUGAAAUUGCUUCCAAUUGUCAGGGUUUGGAAAGGUUUGCUCUUUGUGGAAUUGGGACUGUUGGUGAUGCUGAUAUUGAGUGCUUUGCUGCGAAAUGCGGGGCACUCAAGAAGAUGUGCAUUAAGGGAUGCCCUGUGUCUAAUGCCGGGAUUGCCGCUUUCGCUUCCGGUUGCCCCAAUUUGGUUAAACUCAAGGUGAGGAAAUGCAGAAAAGUUACUGGUGAAAUUGUGGAGUGGCUGCGCGAAAAGAGGAGUUCUUUGGCAUUUAAUUUUGAUUACAGUGAAGUAGAACCUUUGGAUGGCAAUGGUAGUGAUGGUGGAGCUCGGGAAACUACCAUGGCUUUUCCUCCAAUGGAUACCCAAGUAAACCUUGCUGAUGAUGCUCCUUCAAGCAGUAACAACAACAACAACAACCGAGUGUCUAUGUUCAGGACCAAGUUUGGAUUUUUUGUUGGUAGGAAUUUUGUGCCCUGUGCCUUCAGAAGGUGGGCAAACAUUGAUAGUAUCCCUAGUAGCAGCUUUUCAUGAUCAUUAGUAAGAAUGGUAAUACAUUAUUGCCAUUUUUCACUGUAUCCCAUGAGCUCUGCUCUUGUGUGUUCAGUGGCAUGUUUCCUUGAAGAUUUGCUCACUGAAUUUUGUUUUCCUAUGGGGAUAAUAGCUGUUGUUGUUAAUGUUAACUACAUGUAGGCAAUUACCUUCAUUGACUUGUCCUGUUUGAUUUGUUGUUUUGAUGGUUAAUAUCAUUUCUUAGUUUUCUGUUUGAGCAA